AUGGCUACCAUGUUUGAAGCAAAAGGCAUAUCCAUGAAGCUGAAUGACGAUAGAUGGUUGUUCAAGGACGUCCAUAUUGUGCUGGAAAAGGGCGAUAUCUUGGUCCUCAGAGGGCCUAGUGGUGCCGGAAAAACCACGCUCCUCAAGUGUUUGGCAGAGCUUACACCAUACACAUCAGGCCAGUCUAGUUUAUACGGUAAAUCACCCUCGCAUUUCGGCAUCCCUACUUGGAGAUCGAGAGUCAUGUAUGUGCCACAGCGACCAGCAAUCCAUCCUGGCACUCCCAUGGAUUUGUUCAACAUGGCCAAAAAGUAUGCAUCUCAAAAAGGCAAAUACUUUGAUGAUCCUAUCAAAAUUGGUAUGGAUUGGAAUCUAUCUGCGGCUCAUUUCAAUGAAAAUUGGAACUAUUUAUCGGGUGGCGAAAUGCAGCGAGUAUCAUUAGCAAUUGCAUUGGCACUAAACCCAGAGGUGUUGCUCUUGGACGAGCCUACAUCAGCCUUGGAUCCAGAGUCUACGCUCUUGGUUGAAAACACGUUGAAGGGACGUACAUGUAUCUGGAUCACACACAGCCCUCAACAGGAGGAAAGAGUAGCUACCCGUUCUCUUGUAUUGCCCAGACUCGCUUACAACUCCAAAGAUGAAGAGAAUGAAUUGGAUACAAACAGUGCCGCUGAGAUAUCCAUCAACUUUUAG